AUGAAAUUUUUUUUUAUUGUUAAUAAACUUAUACCUAAUGUCUGUUUGGAAGUUAAGUUCAGAUUAACUAAUUGGCUUAUUAAUAUUGAAGAGCUAGAUACCCGUGAUCUAUUAUUUGAUAUUUUAAUUGAUUUAUAUCAUCAUCUUAAAUUUGGUGAAUUUGAAUAUGAUUUGAUGUUAAAUAUACUUUUAGAUGUUCUUGAGUAUAUUUCUAAUAUGGAAAACAAUGAUUAUGAAAACCUUUUUAUUUUUGGUAAUAACAUUAAUAAAACAACGAAUUUUUUAAUCUUUUUUUUAAAUAUAUUAAAAUAUAUACCUGCAAAGUAUAGUUGGAAACUUGUAAUUAUUCUAUAUAAUGAAAUAAAUAAUAUUAAUAGUGCUACUUUUACUAUUAUUUCAUUACUUUUUGAAAAUAUAAUAACAAAUAUCUAUUUAGCAUAUUCCUUUUCAACAGAAAUAUCUAAAAUUGAUUUUAAUAAUGAAAAUAUAAAUAAACAAACAUAUAAUUUAAAUUCAAUUAUAAUUAAUGAAUUUGAUAAUAAUAUUUUAAAUAAUAAAUAUAAUGAUGUAAUGUACAAUAAUAUAACUAAUGAUAAUAUAUAUUUAAAAUUUUGUUUUAAAUUAAAUAUACCAUUUUAUAAAGUUAAUGAAAAAUAUAUAGAUGGAGAAUUUAAUAAAUUAAUAAAUUUAGAUGAUGAAUAUAAUUUUGAGUUAAUUUUAGCAUUAAUUAAUAUUAUUUUAAAAGAGAAUAAAGAUUUUCAAAAUUUAAUUUUGAAAUAUUUAAUUUUAUAUGAAUCAAAAAAAUUAUAUAAUAUUAAUCCAUUUUGUGUAAUUCUAAUUAGAUUAUGGCUUUUAAAUAUAUUUCAUUUAAAAGAUGAAACUGGAUGUAUUAAACAAUUAAUCUAUUUUAUUGAAUCAGGUGGAAAUAUAUAUUUGUUAUAUGACUGCUCUAUAAUGGUAUCUAAUUGUGAAUUAUUUAGCAUAAUUAAUUUUGUUAAUAAAGAUAAAUAUAAAGAUGAUUGUAGUGAUAUUUUAUUUAUUUUAAAGAUAUCAUUAUUUUUACAUAAGAAGGAAUAUAAUAAAAUUAAUGAAAGUUCGAUGGAUGGAUUGAUUUUAUCUGAAGAGGAUAUAUUUUUAAUAAAAAAUUAUCUUAAUAUAUCAUUUGAGAAUUCAUCUCAAAUUACUCAAUUUAUUUUAAAUAAAAUUGAUUCUGAUAUAUCAUUUUGUUGUAAUAAAUUGCAAUAUAUAAUAAAAAGAAUGAAUUAUUAUUGGGUUGAAGAUAAUUAUUUUAAUAUAAUUAUAGAAAGAUUAUAUUUUUUAAUUAAUCAUACUUCUUUAUAUAUUCGUCAAUAUAUUUUAAAUAUUUUAAAUUAUUUACCAUUAAAUACUAUUUCAAAUGAAUCUCAUAUAAAUUUAAUUGGAUUAUAUUUAUUAUUAAUUACAAAUAUAUCUCAAAAAAAUAUAAAUUUAAAAUAUCCAAAAUAUAUUAAAGAAAUAAUAAAUAAAGAUUUAGAUUUUUUUGAUAAUUCAUCAAAUGAAUAUUUUAAAUUAUUUGAUGAUUAUAUAUUAUCUUUAAAAAGGAUAUAUAAUAAGAAAAUUUUGGAAAUUGCUAUUCUUCAGUAUUUAUGGUAUUCAAUUAUUCAACUUUUAUAUAAUAAUUUGUCUAAUAAAAGAAUAAUAGUUAAAUUAGAAAAUAUAAUAAAAUUGAUUCCUUCAAAUUAUUUAAUAACAUUUUUAUGGUAUAUUUCAAUUCAUAAUUCUAUAGAUGCUAUUAAUAUAAUUCAAGAUUUUAGUCAUUAUAAACGUUCAAUAGCUUUGAUUCAAAAUAAACUUUUAAAUAUUCAGAUUUUUGCUUUAAAAUUACAAGAUUGUGCAAGAGAAAUUUUGAAUAUUAAUAUAUCAAAUGAUAAUAUGAAUAUAUUUUUAUUUGUUGUACAAAAUCUUAAUUUAGAAUAUAGAAAUAAAUUUAUUUGUUUAUUAAAUAAAUAUUUAAGAUCUCAAAAUUUGGUGGAUAAAUUUUUGAAUAUAUUUCUUAAUAAUAUUCUCCAAAAAUCAAAAUAUAAAGAUUCAAUUUCUUCUAAAUAUAUGAAGAUUAUUGAUAUUUUAAUUUUAUUAUGUUCAGAUUAA